AAUUCUGCCGGAUCGACAAGCCCUUGUGCCACGAUGAGGACGAGCAGCUCAGCUUCGAGGCUGUCCGCAACAUACACAAGCAGAUGGACGACGAUGCCAAUGGCAAUGUGGACGUGGAGGAGAGUGAUGAGUUCUUGAGAGAGGACUUGAAUUACCAUGACCCAACGGUCAAGCACAGCACUUUCCAUGGAGAAGACAAGCUCAUUAGCGUGGAAGAUCUUUGGAAGGCCUGGAAGACAUCUGAAGUGUAUAACUGGACGGUUGACGAGGUGGUUCAGUGGCUCAUUACCUACGUCGAGCUGCCGCAGUACGAAGAGACCUUCAGAAAGCUGCAGCUGAGUGGACACGCCAUGCCCAGGCUAGCCGUAAACAACGCUACCAUGAUGGGAACUGUUCUGAAAAUGACAGACAGAAGCCACAGGCAGAAACUGCAGCUGAAAGCUCUCGACACUGUGCUCUUCGGGCCUCCUCUCUUAACUCGUCACAACCACCUGAAGGACUUCAUGCUGGUGGUGUCCAUUGUCAUCGGAGUGGGAGGCUGCUGGUUUGCCUAUAUCCAGAACCGCUACUCGAAGGAGCACAUGAAGAAGAUGAUGAAAGACCUCGAGGGGCUUCACAGAGCUGAGCAGUCUCUCCAUGACCUUCAAGAAAGACUGCAGAAGGCACAAGAGGAACAUCGCUCUGUGGAGGUGGAAAAGGUGCACCUGGAGAAGAAGCUGCAGGAUGAGAUCAGCAUCGCCAAGCAGGAGGCACACCGGCUCCGAGAGCUGCGGGAGGGCACAGAGAAUGAGCUGAGCAGGCAGAAAUACGCCGAGCAGGAGCUGGAGCAGGUGCGGAUGGCGCUGAAGAACGCCGAGAAGGAGCUGGAGUCUCACUGCAGCUGGGCUGCGCCCGAGGCCCUGCAGAAGUGGCUGCAGCUGACCCACGAGGUGGAGGUCCAGUACUACAACAUCAAGAAGCAGAACGCAGAGAAGCAGCUGCUGGUGGCCAAGGAAGGGGCUGAAAAAAUUAAAAAGAAGCGAAACACCCUGUUUGGAACGUUUCACGUUGCUCACAGCUCAUCUCUAGACGAUGUCGAUCAUAAAAUCUUAACUGCAAAACAAGCCCUGAGCGAGGUGACAGCGGCGCUGCGGGAGCGCCUGCAUCGCUGGCAGCAGAUCGAGCUGCUCUGCGGCUUCCAGAUCGUCAACAACCCCGGCAUCCACACGCUGGCCUCAGCCCUGAACAUCGAUCAGAGCUGGAUGGGCACCCCGCGCCCGAACCCCUCGCACUUCAUCAUGACUGAUGACGUGGAUGACCUGGACGAAGAGAUCGUGUCUCCCAUGUCCAUACAAUCUCCUGCCUUGCCCAGCACAGUUCGCCAGCGCCUGGUGGACCCACAGCACGCCCACGGAUCUCAGAGGUUGGUAGAGAGUUACGUGCAAGGCCAGAAUGAGUCGGGGCAGCCUGCCCAUUACCUGGCAGGCAGAGUCUCUCUCCGUCGAAUGCACAGCCUCUCCUCUGGACAGUCUUUCAGUUCCGACCUUCCUGGCACCAGCCCAUCAUCUGCUACCACCGCCACCUCUUGCUCCUCAUCCACCACUACUGCUCCUGCUCCUGCUUCCCAUGUCCACCCUAUCUAUUACCAUCACACCGCCACCUCUUAUUUCCUUCAGAUGGACUCCACCCCUGAUCUACCCCCUCCUGAUGUCACCUCUGGAGUUCGCUGUCGCGCUGAGAGCUUUGGAGACUUAACUCGCUGCGACUCCGAGUCCUGCAUCCCGCACCUGAGCGACCACCAGCGCAUCCCCAGCGCUGCGCCCAAGCUGCUGGCGGCGCGCCCCAACCUGCUGACCCGCUCCGUGGAGGAGGCUGCCCCCGCGCACCCUGCCCUCGGCGCGCCCACCCCCAACGGCGGCAGCCGGCACGCCGAGGCCUCCGCGCCGGGGGCUGCGGCGGAGCGCCCGCCCGAGAGCCCCAUGGUGAUGAAGAAGAUGAUGACGGUGAACCACGGCAUGGAGAAGUCCUCCAGCCUCGGGGAGAUCAGCCACCCGACGGCCGGCAAGCACAGCCACUCGGAUUCGUCGCGGUCGCACAGCCCCAGCUCCACCGACCCCGACACCCCGUCCCCCAUCUCUGACUGCCGGCCCAACAGCGCCAAGAGCACCCGCAUCCCGCAGCUGGCUGCCAAGAAGAGCCCGGGGGACGAGGACAGCAGCUUGACGGGCGACGAGGUUGACCUCGGCCAGAGCAAGAAGAAGUUCCCCCUAAAGAUCUUCAAGAAGCCCAAGAAGUAGAGAGAGGAGGGAGGAGGAGGAGGAACCGCACGGACGCGACCCGCUGGGCCCGGGGGCAGCGCCGCGACACCCCCCCGGCCCCCACGGGCGCCCUCCCUUCGAGUCGUGCCAGCACCCGCGGCCGGAGGAGCCACCUCGACUUAUUUAUUUCCUGAUCUCUGAGAAACCAAGAAGACGACCGCUCCCCCGAAGCCAGCAGCCGCCCUUUUUCCCCCCUCCCCGUUUCCGUCGCCCCCAGCUUUGCUGUGCAUGGCUUCCAGUUACUCCUGCCUCCGCUCAGCCACACGGCAUUUGGGUUUGGUUUCAAUGUGGUUUUAUUUUUUUAUUUUUUAUUAUUAUUUUGUGUUUUUUGUUUUGUUUUGUUUCUUCUGCCUCUUCCAACCUUUGCACAGGCUGUUUGGAUGGCCGGGGUGGCGGGAGCCUUGCCGUGCCGCACGCCGGGUGCCACAGCCCGGGCAGGGGGUGCCGCAGGUGUCGGCGGUGGGGCCGGCGUCGCAGCCGUUCUCCUCCCCUUUACGAGUCACUUUUCUUGCACCCUGGCCCCCAGGGUGGAAGGGGAAAGCCCCCUUUGUGCGCUCUUGAUAAGCGAGAGCGAGUCCAAUACCUCGGAGGGAGGGCCCUGCCCCUGCUGGUACUCGUGCGGCCGGGAGCUGCGGCCGGGAGCGCGCUGCUGAAGCUUCUCCCACUCGCACCAGGGAGCUGCCGCCCGCGGGGUGCUCACACCCCUGCCCUGGGCAGCGUCCCCCCCGCCGGGUUCGUGGCACCAGCGGCAUCCAUCCGUGGUGCGGGGCUUGGAUCCGGGGCAGAGGAGCCCCCGCCUGCCCCUGUCUUUGCUUCCCUGCCCGGGGGAGCAGGGCCAGGGCCAGAGCUCAGCUGGGCACUCAGCAGGGGCGUGAGCACCAGGGAAGGGCCCGGGGCAUCCCCAAGGGGCAUGGGGACAGGGCCAGCCCCGGCUGCCACCGCUCUGCAAGGCGCCUGCAAACACGGGGCCACGGCACCCGUCCCCAGGGCAAGCCCAGAGGGGGGGUGCGGGGCACGACCAAGCUGGGGGGCAGCCUCCAGGCUGGGGGUGUGGGGCUGGGUGCGUGCCCAUGGGGCUGGGUGCAUGCCCAGGGCUCUGCCCUUGGGCUGGGGCAGGCUGGGGUGCGGGUGUCGGCUGGGGCCGAGCCCCUGCCCCAGGGUUUGGCUGCUCCCCUGUCCUCCCUGCGAGGCUGCGGGGCUCCUCCUGCCCCAGGCACCUUCCCCAGCACAGCUGCUAAGGGGAAGCCCCUGCCCCUGCCCUUGGCUGAGCCCUGCUCCGUCCCGGGGCCAAAUCUGCUCCCUCCAGCCCCAGCCCCAGCCCCUGCCCGCUGCCCUCCCCCAGCGGACGCGGCCGGAGCUCCGCCAAGCCCAGGUCCCGCUCCCACCGCCCCGUCCACGCCGAGCCGCUGGCCCUGGCCGCCGGCACCGUCCUGGGAGGCAGCUGCUACCCCGAGGCCACCCGGGACUCGGCCGCUGCCAGGGGAAGGCGCGGGUCCAGGAGGGGCAGGGAGGGAGGCAGGCGGGAUGCCAACAGCCCCUCGGGGCCUUGCUUUAUGCCAGAGUAAUAUAUUUGUGUAUGUUGACAAUACAGGAAGGGCUAUCGAGGUGUUUUUCGUUUCCUAGGUGGUAGUUAGACAAUUACACUGUUGCUUUGAGAUAAGUGAAAAAUUCCUCUAAAUGACUAAGUGCCUGCACUUCCCCGCGGCUGCUCCCGGCUGCGGGGACGGGGUCCCGGCAGCGGGGGCGGUGGACGGGGGCUGCUCUGCCCCCGCCGUCGGCGUUGUCACCGCCUCGGCCGGAGCCGGCCGGGGAGCGGAGCCGGACCCCCGGGAGGGCCGGGGAGGCCUCACGGAGCCCCCCCGGGGCACGCGGCCAGCGGGGGCUGCGGGCUGGAGCCGGGGCCGGCGGCGCUGCUCGCGGUGGCGGAGACCUGCGGAUGCUUUCUGGAGAAGGGGUUGGAGAUCCACUGAGCGGCAACUGUUGACGCGUCUGCCAACUCUUGAUUUUUUUUUUUUUUUUUUUUUU